AUGGACCGCCCGGAUGAUGUUGUGAUCCAAAGGCCGACGUGGCGAUGGCUGAAUGUUCGGUUGGCGAAUGAAGAGAUCUAUAAGGUCUACCCGGAAGUGCUGGACACUCGUAUCAACAGCAGGAGAGUGGCACAUCAGACACCAACGGUUAGCGGAAUGAUAUUUCAUCCGAAACAGCCUGCUAUCAAGGUUAUCAGCAGCUCCGAGAUGGAUCGGGGUGGAUACCUUCAAAAUCCCUGUUUCGGUAGUCGAUGCGAAUUAGCGCGUGAAAGAAAGGAGUCCAGCCUUGAGUCUCAGGGAGCAGCCAAGAGUUUGCGCGUGUGUCCCGCUGCAAGUGCCAACGAUGAUGAUGAGUGA